AUGUGUGUUAUGGUUGAAGCAGGUUGGUUGAUUACUAAUACUACUGCAGGUGUUGGUGUCUGUUUCAGUGUGUUCGGUUUUUUUGAGGUUUGGGUUUUGAUGAAAGUUGGCAAUGGAGGCAGGACGAGGUGGAUUUUGAUCCGUUUAAACGAGAGCAGGGUGCCACGUCACGGAGGGGUUUGGAUUCAUGGCCACAAGUUUUUGUGGCUUGGAAUAGAUUUUCUUUUCAAGUGUUCGAUUCUCUGCGUUGCACACUCUUUCUGUGCACCCCACUCGCCUCCACGUCAGCGUCUGCGCGCCCUCUCUCCUCGACUUCAUCGAGGGUACCGCAAUUUUGGCUUCCGUGGAACAACCUCAUUGGUUACAUUGUUGAUAAUAUUGUCCAACCAAAUUACUUUACGUGGACUUCUACCUCAAUUUAUCAAAUUUUAA